AUGAACCAUCUAAAAAUGAGGAAACUAUUUUUUUAUCAAGAUUAUUUUUUAACUAUUGUUGAUCAAGCUAUCGUUUCUAUGAAUAUGAGAUUUUCACAGCUUGAAUCGUUUAAUAAUAACUUUGGUUUUUUAUAUCGGAUUAGCAAAAUAAAAUUCAUGGAAAAAGAAGAGUUAAGAAAAUGUUGCCAUGAUCAACAAAACGGUCUAACUGAUGGUGAAUUAAAAGAUAUAAAUUGUUAUGAACUGUAUGAAGAAUUACUUAUUUUUUGUACUAUAAUUUCUGAAGAAACGACAGCUUUUCAAGCUCUUUCAGUACUAAAAAAAUGUUGUGGUUCUUUUCCAAAUAUUUCGAUAGCACUCCGAAUAAUACUCUCAAUUCCUGUAACAUCAGCUGGUGCGGAAAGGAGUUUUUCCAAAUUGAAAAUAAUUAAAAACUAUUUAAGGAGUACUUUAUCACAGUGUAAACUUACAAGCUUAGCUACUCUAUCGAUUGAACAACAAAUUACCGACUCAUUAGAUUUUAGUGAGCUGAUUGCAAUUUUUGCUGCAGCCAAAGCUAGAAAAAAACAAUUUUGA